UUCUUAUACGCCCGCGAAAGAAACCUGUCGCCGCACAGGCGCGCUAUUUACGAAGGAAGUAGCUUUAGCCCGCUAACCAACUUACAGGAGCGCUCUCAACUCUCGUUAUCCAAAUAUCGAGGCUAAACGUCGGGGUCUAUGCGUUUCGUUUCUAGCGAGGACGUAAAGGCGAGGGGCACCGAAGUCAUGGAGGAAAUAAUCGGGGUCUGUGGUCUAGAAGCCAGAGGACGCGUUGAAGGGAGCAGUUCGCCUCCGGACAUGGAGACCCCAUCGCAGGAUAACGUGGAGGAUUUCGCCGGGCUGGUGAUCAGUGAGGAGGAGCGAGGGGAGACGCCCGGAAGAGAGGAUAGCAACCCUGACCCCCUCGAUGGGGAGCUGGACCCUAAUGCUGAGAAAACCAAGGACCAAAAAGCAUUUGGCAAAGAGGUUCUGUUGCUGAUGCAGGCGCUUCAUACUUUAGCCACCCCAGAAGAAAAACUCGCUGCCCUUUGUAAGAAAUAUGCAGACCUGCUGGAGGAGAGUCGCAGCAUGCAAAAGCAGGUGAAGGUGUUGCAGAAGAAGCAGAACCAGGUGCUGAAAGAGAAGAUCCACCUGCAGAGCGAGCACAGCAAGGCCGUCCUGGCGCGGAGCAAACUGGAGAGUCUCUGCAGGGAACUUCAGCGCCAUAACAAGACCUUAAAGGAGGAGAAUGCUCAGAGGUCCAGGGAGUACGAAGAGCAGCGCAAAGAGGCGACUCUGCACUUCCAGAUGACACUCAACGAGAUUGAGGCCCAGAUGGAGCAGCACAACUCGCACAACAGCAAGCUGCGGCAGGAGAACUUGGAGCUGGCUGAGAAACUCAAGAAGCUCAUUGAGCAGUACGAGCUCCGGGAGGAGCACAUCGACAAGGUGUUCAAACACAAAGAACUGCAACAGCAGCUGGUGGACGCUAAACUCCAGAGGACGGCUGAGCUGAUGCGAGAGGUGGAGGAGAAACAGCAAAGAGAGAGAGAGUUUCUCCUGAAGGAUGCGACCGAGUCCAGACACAAAUGUGAGCUGAUGAGGGAGCAGGAGCAUCAGUUAAAGCAGCAGCUCACUCUGUACAUGGACAAGUUCGAGGAGUUUCAGACCACCCUCGCCAAGAGCAACGAGGUCUUCACCACCUUCAGACAGGAGAUGGAGAAAAUGACGAAGAAGAUCAAGAAGCUUGAGAAGGAGACCACGCUAUGGAGGACCAAAUGGGAGACCAACAACCAGACUCUACUGCAGAUGGCAGAGGAGAAAACGGUGCGAGACAAGAAUUACAAGGCCCUCCAAGGGAAACUGGAGCGUCUGGAGAAGCUUUGCAGGGCCCUCCAGAGAGAACGCAACGACCUGAACCUGAAACUCCAGGCCCUUCAGGGCCCAGCGAAAGAUCCGGAGGAAGAAGGCACGGGGCCUCCUGACCCUCAGCCGCAGGGGCCUAACCCAGAGAUAGAGAGAGAGGUGGAGGGAGAGAUGGAGGGUUCGGUGUCUCAAACAGAGAAACUCGGGCUUCAGCCUGAAGAAGAGGGCACCACGUCAUCCAGACAACUCACUGACGACUGAGCCUGGCCUUCCGACGGCCUUUCUUUUCUUUUCUUUUUGUGGAGGUAUAUAUUUUUGUCUAACAAUUAUCAUAAAACAAAUUUGUGAAGAAAAAGCAGGACAUUAGUGAAGACGCUAACUGCUCUAUACGUUUGUGGAAAGCACUUUUUACUCCCUGUUUUCUAUCACAUUGUAUUUUCGUAGGAAAUGGUCACGCGGUCUGAGACGGCCGCCAUGCAGCUUUGGUUUCGUACGUUUUUUUUCUUUUUCCUCCCCCCCCCUAUUCUCUGCUCAGCUGCGCUGUUCUUGCACGGUUUUCGUUUCUCUUGAAUAAAAUGUAGCUCUUCGCUCUGACCUCUAGAAUAUGAAUAAAUCAUUUUGGAUGCACAUAAUGUUUAACAUUGCCAUUUUAAAAUAAUAGUCAACAAGCCAGUCCAGCUCUAGAUGACCUUGACACUUGAGAAACAGGGCAUUAAUAACAGGAGAUAUACGUUAACACACUCAACUACUUAUUGGCACUUUGAGUUCAUGAGAAGUCCUGCUUCUGUUGCUUUGAUUAAACUGGACUUGAAAUGGAAGAUACAUGUCUUAUAAACAGGACAGGGGAAAAAACAAGACUCCUCACCGCCUGGGACUGGUUUUCUAACGGGAAUCUGAUUAAGGGCUAGUUUGACUUAAAAAAAAAAGGCUGCUACAUCUCCAACAAUUAUGUGAAAUCCUAAGACAGGGUCGAACAGUCUCGCUCCGCUGAAAACUUUCUACGGGAGGGACUUUUUUUUUUUGUGUUGUUGCAUGACAAAUGAAGAGAAAGCAUCUUAACCAGCAGAAAAAAAACUACUCUCAGUACCUGCGAUUGUAAAUGCAACAUUUUAUUUCAUUAAAAUUCACUUCUCAAGCCCUUUUAUUUAAGAGACGGGGUAGUUUUGGGUUUCCGAGCCGGUAAACCAUUGGAUUACAUAACGACAACUAGGAAAAUCAAACUGCUUUUUUUACCAAUUUGAAAAGAAAUUCCUAAAAUUUACUCUAAACUCUCCUUAAUGUUUUUGAAUAAGGAGGACAUAACGAUUGUUAUUAGGGUGAGAUGACCUUCGUUUGAUUUGCUUUGUUGUUUUGAUGCUGCUGUUAACUAGUCCUGAUGACAGCUACCGUUUUAAUUGGAUUUGUUUGUGUGGUUUCUUUAAAUGGUAUUUCACCCAAAUAUCUGAUACUUUACUCUGCCUCAUUUCGGUCCAAACCUGUAUGUCUCUUUUCUUCUGUGGAACACAAAAGCAGAUUAUUCUGUCUGUAUUAAAGAAAGUGGAGUUCAAAACGGCAUUGAAUUGAAAAAAAAAAUUUUAAAUAACUUUUGUGUCAGGUUUGGAGCAACGUGAAAAUGAGUAAAUGACCGUGUUUUUCAUUUUUGAGGUCAACUAUUCCUUUAAAUUAUUUUUUUUGUCUGUCUAAAAUGGACAGGUUGCAUUUUUUGCUCUUUAACUGGACACACAAUUGACAAAUUUCAAAGGGGCCUUGACAUAUUUGAUACUGGAUAUGCUGAAUGUGAUUUCUUUUCUUUUUUUUGGACUUUGUAACGAACAAGAAUAAAAUGUCUGUAAUUCAGUGCUAAAAUGUUCUGAAGAGCUGCAAACAUUCUCAAUACUGCUAAUGUGAAAUUGUCAAGAACUGAACUGAUGAAUGUAGAAGCUGCCAAAUCCAUGUCUAAACAAAUGGCCUCAAAGCCCUUAAGAUCUGUUCAUUAUUACGCUGCGGGGACACAGGGUCUAGAAACGCUUGCCUCCUCAGGUCCAUUACAACAUCUGGCUCUGUUCAUGUCCUGAUCUGAACCUCUGACUCUGGCCAGUACAUUCCUCAAUGCUGAAUCCAACGAAACGCAUCCAAGGUUUUCAUUUAACACGCACUGAUCGUGAUCAUCUACUUUAAGUAAAACUAAUCUCCUAAAUCGUGUUUUGUAAUGACGAGCGCAGAACGACAAGGUUUCGCUGUUCGUUAGAAACAUGGGCUGAAUGUGUUUUAAAUUUGCCAAACUGUUAAAAUCAACAGAAUGGAAUCUUCACCAGCUUUUUUUUUUUUUUCCUGUUUUCCUUUCCAAAUUUUAGAUAAUGUUUAUAACAUCCCUGAUUUCUUCGUAACAGUUUCUCCUCAAAUAUUUGAUCUUCUCUGUUUGUUCAUCUUGAUUAAAAAAAAAAAAGAAAAUCUGUAAUUGGGGUCAUGUUCAUUCUAAAUUUGUUGGUACUGUCAUGUGUUUUUGGCAAUGCCCCGGUUUGAUUCUCAGGUUAUGCAAGAAAUCUACCUCUUCAGGUAAGACGUACUGUGAAAGAUGCUCAAGAGAGCUUUUCUUUCUCCCCCAGCUCAGCCCAUGACCCCUCAGAUUGUACAACACUCUUGUAGUUCUGUCUUGCUUUUCAAUAAAAACAUUUUGUAGAAUUUUC